AUGGCCCCGAAGAAGAAAGAAGAGCCGAAAGCUGCAGCAGCCCCCAAACCCCCAGAGCCAGAGCGCCCUAAGACCCCGGUGUUUGACCCUGCAACAGUCACGCUGGAAUUCACCCCAGAGCAAAUUGAGGACUUCAAAGAUUCCUUCCAGCUGUUUGACACAACACCAACCAACGAGAUGAAAAUCACUUACGCCCAGUGUGGUGAUCUGAUUAGGGCUUUGGGCCAGAAUCCUACCAACACAGAGAUCAUGAAUGUCCUUGGAAAGCCAAAGGUUGAAGACAUGCAUACCAAGAUGCUUGACUUUGACCAGUUUCUGCCCAUGCACCAACACAUCUGCAAGGCCAAGGACUGUGGUACAUAUGAGGACUUUGUGGAGGGUCUGAGGGUGUUUGACAAAGAGGGGAAUGGCACCGUCAUGGGAGCUGAGCUGAGACAUGUUCUGGCAACAUUGGGAGAGAAGAUGAGGGAAGAUGAGGUGGAUCAACUGAUGCAAAACCAGGAGGAUGCUAACGGAUGCAUCAAUUAUGAAGCUUUUGUGAAAUACAUUAUGGCCUCCUAAAAAGGGUACAAGCGUAUUAAACUUCAUUGUCAUUCUGGUAAUGCAUCACUCAUUAUCAAAUCAAAAAGAGGGGUGAUUAGUUCGCUUGUCCUUCACCAGGAAAUCCCUGAAUCCUUGGCCGCAAUAUCUUUAUGUUUCUGUAAAUCCCAUCGUGUAUAUUUCUAAUUUCCAUGCAUCUCUGAUGAAUUUACAACUCAUUAUAUUUCACCUUGUUUAUCUACGAUGGCUUGUGUAGAUGCAGUGCGCACUUUGCACC